GUAGCAAAACUAAAUUGAUAAAAAUUUCUAGGUUAUGUCAAUUUGACAGCUUCUGAUUGUUAUUUUUACUUUUACGUGCAAUUAAUUCAUAAUUUAGCGUAAAAUGAGUAAUAUAGCGGUACCCUCGCGAUUUGCGUGCUUAAAAAUUGAAGGUGACGAAGAGCGACCGAAAAAAAAUGAUCGAAAAUCAGUUAAAUCCAAAAAAACUGAUAAACCACAAUCUGAGAACAAAAAAAUUAAUAAACCGGAAAAGGUUGAGAAUAAAAUCGAAAAACAACAGGUGGUGAUACCAAAAAAAGAGAAAAAAGGUGAAAUAGCCCCACAAAAACAAUGGGAAGAAUGGAAACAAAAAGAUAGUGAGUUUGUAAAUGGAAGUUAUCAAAAAGAUUUAGAAAAUGCUAUCUUACUAUCAAAGUUAGAUUAUGAAGAGAAAAAAACGCUUUAUGAAGCAGCUGCAGUUAUUACUGAGCCAAAUAAAAAAAUGGAAAAGAAAAAGAAGGGUACAAAAACAAUUAGUUUGGAUAAGUUUUUAGUGGAACCAGAACAAUCUAAAAAUGAAGUUAAUUUAAAAAGUUCCGAUUCAAAAAUUGAAACAGAUUUGAAUUUUUUUGAUAAAGUUCGUUCUGAUAUGGUUUUAGAAUUGAAUAAGGAGAAAUUGAUUGAAAAUAGAAAAAAUCGAAAUGCUAACAUUGAAAAGGUUAUUACUGCUUCUCAGUACCAGGAGAGAUUAAAAUUAGAACUUGAUAAAAAUGAUGAAUUGGAUAAAGAAGUGGUGUUAUUAAAAGUUGAAUUGGCUGAUGUUAAAAGUAGAAAUGAGGAGUUAAUUAAGAUUUUAGAGGAAGGCGAUUUGAAAGAAAAGGCUGAUAUUUUAUUAGAAUUGGAUAGAUUGAGUACAAUUAAGAACGAUUUAAUGGAAGAAGUUACUAAGUUACAUACCCUGCUUGAAAUUGAGAGAAGUAAAGUUGCUUCUUUAACAGCAGAGAUACAAAAAAAUAAAGAUAAGAAAUCUAAAAAACAUUCUUAAUUUUAUUAAUAAUCAAAAAAUCGAAUAAAUAAAAUCUCGAAUUUCUCUCCUGCCAGUAAUAAUAAUAAUUCCUCGUUUAGAUUUACCUUAAUUAUUACUUUGUGUAAUUUUGAUAAAAAAUAAACCCCCUUUUUAUCAA